UGGACUUGCAAGAAAGAGAAACCAAAGUCUCACAGCUCACUCACAGGUUCAUUAUCUUCUUGCUCUCUGAACUUUUUAAAAAGUUGCCAUGUCUGCCCCAUAUGCUCCGUAUGCUCCGUCUGCUCCGGCUGCUCCGUAUGCUCCGUCUGCUCCGUAUGCUCCGUAUGCUCCCAACAUGCCUGUCCAUCAGUCAGUCCAGAUGGUGUCAGUCACCUCCGGUCAAAGUCCUGGAACAUGGAGCACCGGCCUCUGCGACUGCUGCUCUGAUAUGGGCACCUGCUGCUGUGGUUAUUGGUGUUUCCCCUGCAUGCAGUGUGAGACAGCCAGUAAACAUGGCUGGUGCUGUGGUAUGCCCCUCCUGGAUUGCUGCUGUGUGGUGUCCUGCUUACUCCGCUCCUCCAUCAGAGAGCGCUACGACAUCCCCGGCUCAUGCUGUGAUGACUGCUGUACACUCUGUUGGUGCUACGUAUGUGCCUGGUGCCAGAUGAAUCGCGAGGUGAAGAUCAGGGCCAGACAUCAGCCGUCGAUCACGUCAGUGGUCACCACACAGGUUGUCAGGGCAUAAGAU